GACUGUCUCCGUCCGUCGAGCAUUCUCGCUACUCAGCGCGGUUCUUCGCUCUCCGUUCCCGAUGACCCGCUCUCGUGUGCCCGCUCGAACUGCAGCUGCAAUUUCUGACGAUGGCAGCUGCCCUUUUCCACCGGCCCUCUUACUUCGUCAGCUUGCGGGCUCUGCAUCACAUUUUCCGCCCAGUCGGUGUGCUGCGUCAGGCCCGGCGCAGGUGAGUUGUGAUGAACUUGAACUAAAGUAUUUCACUGAUCAUUUUACGUCUUACGACGAAACAUGUUCAGAGCCGAUUCGGAUGUCGGCGAUGGAAGGCCGGACGGUCGUUUAGUCAACAGUGCCGACCGAUCUGCGGGUUCAGGUGCCCUUCCCAGGUUCGGCGGAUAAUGGCUUCGACCUAAGCGCAGCAAAAGUCCUGCAGAGAUUCUGAGCCGCAUAUAAGGGUUGCGCGCGAUGUCCUGACAGCGUAUAGUUACAUAUUCGAGCUUGGAACGCCAUGCGUCUCACAACUGUCCUCGGUGUCGUUGUCGCAGUAUUCGUUGCCCAUGCCGCUGCGCAGAGCUGCCCUAGCUGCCCGACGCCUGGGGGCUGUCCCGGACAGUGUGUCCAAGACGGUGGAGAGCCAUUCUGUGCAGGUUUUUGUAACUCCACGGGUAUGAGCCCCUGCGAGGCAUGUACCGACCAGAACGAUGGAGUGAAUUGCUUCUACGACUCGGGCCUGUGUGUGCUGAAGCUGCCGUAGGCGAAGCUAAUGCAUUGGCGGUUUAAUGACGAUUGUUUACUGUUCGGCUUGAAGACGUUCUCCCUGUAUGGUCUAUAUACCCGUAUGCAGCC